AUGAAUACUGAAAUUGAAACUAUUAUAGCAGCAGGCACUGCUGAUGACAAAGUGUGGGGCCCCACCUUGAAAGCUUUCAUUGAAAAGGCAUCAGGAUCCUACAAUUUUCCAGAAUUACUACAGGGAUCCAAAAGGAAAGAUUUCUGGAAGGCUCUUUUACAUAUUGCAAAACAUUCACAAGAUCCAUGCGUGAUAAGAGACUGCUUUGUAGUGAUGAGAUUGUUGAGCCGGGAAAAACAGUGUCUUGCUGAACUAAUCAAUGAAGAAUGGAGAGAUUUGAUAAAAAAACACUCAGGUUUAUGUGACCCAAAUUUUGAGUUCAGUGAACAAAAAACACCUAUUUGCAUAGAAGUCCAAAAGAGUCUAUCCAAUAUCAUGUUUAACAGUAGAGGUUUGGCUGAAGAUUUCAGGACCAAUGGAAUCCUGACAGGUUUACAAAGAAGGAUCAGAGAUUAUGAGAAUGAAAAAAUACCAGAUGAAGUCAGAUUUUUUGAUAUGAAACUGUUUUUCUUGAUAACUGCACUUAGCUCAGAUGCAAGAAGUGAUAUGAAAAGCAUGUUUGACUUAUUGGUGAAUCUGUUAGUUGAAGAACUGCGUGAAGCUGCUGACAACCAUUUUGAACAUGAGGAUCUACCCCCUCUUUAUCUAAUGGACACUCAGGUUGAUUUGGUUAAUGAAAUUCUGAAAGCACUUUUCAACAUAACAGUAGGCACUGAUGAGUCUGAUGCAGAGGUACUGGUUAGCUGCUAUUCCCUAGUUGAAGUGCUUAGAAGCUAUCUCCUCAUUUGCUCCAACAACUUGGAGAAAACUUGGGCUUUGAGGAACAAUGUUAUCAAUCUUCUCACCAAUAUGCCUGAUGAGACUUACAAGGCACUCCUUUUGCCAGUACAUGAAGGACAUAGGGUGCCAAAUAAUUUGGUGUUUGAAGAUUAUAAUAUGACUGCUAUUUAUGAAAUUCUCAUGUUUUUGAAGGCCAAAUUCAAUGACCAGCUGAAAAUAAAUAAUCAGCAUGAAAUUCUUUCACCUGUUGUCACAGUGCUUCUAAAAGGUGCUUCAGGUCACAGGGUGAUAAGAAAGUUUCUGAGGAACCAUAUACUGCCCCCUUUGACAGAUGUACACACUAGGCCUGAAGAGGGUAGCACUCUUAGGAACCAUUUGUGUAGAUUGUUAACCACACCUAUUAUGGAACUAAGAGAUCUGGAUGCUGAACUAUUGUUUGUUCUAUGCAAGAAAAGUGUAUCAAGAAUGAUAAAAUACACGGGUUACGGCAAUGCGGCAGGUCUUUUCGCUCAAAGAGGGCUCUUAGGGGGAGGGCACAUCAAGGGGGAAGACGACUUCAGCUCCGAGAGUGAAAAUAGCGAGACCGAAGAGUAUGCCGAUCACAAGCACGGUAUCAAUCCGGUCAUAGGGUGUUAUGAAGAGCCGCAUCCUAGCGCCAUGGAAAAUAUGUCUGAAGAACAACUCAUGGAUAGCUUGAUGAAAUGCGGUACGAUAAAACCUUGCACCGUCGGUGCCGAUGGAAAACCCAAGCCCAUAGACCACAUUUUGCAGCUCAGAGAAGCUCUGCCGGCACAACAGGUUCGAAACGUCGACGAAGAUAGCGAUUGAAAGUCGCCGGAAAAAAGUCUUCAUUUUGAAUGAAUGUGUUAGGAUUGAGUGCUCACAGAGGUGAUUUUCAAUGACUAUUCCACUCUUGUUCUUGAGAACCAAUCAGAAUCGACCAUUUUCACGGUUUCUUCUGUAUUGCAGCGAUCUUUUUUGUUCACUUAAUUCUAUCGGACUUGCUCUACCAACACAGAAGCCUAACUGACCCACACGUGAUCAACCAACCUCGUUAUUCAGCGAUAAAAUGUUUGACAUUUAAAACGUCAAACAUCUUGGAUGCCAGAAUGUUAUGGAUGCAGUGUACGCAACUCUCGCGAGGCUCUCAUUUAUUUUCUCAAUCAUGAAAUAAUCAUAGGAAUACUAUUUCUCCUAGAAUCAUCCUUUAAUUAUGCUUUAAUUUCGCUCCUGACAUUGUUCCAAAACCUCUCGCCUACGGCUCGAAAGUUUUAAUAAACAAUGUCAUUCGCGAAAU